GGAGAACGCCGAGCGUGUGCAGCCAUGAUAGAAUGUAGUAGUCACCACCACACAGAUGCUGCAUCAGCCGGAGAGAAAAAGAAAAUACUUCUCCUGCGUUACUAACAAUGUAGAACACGCCCCCUGUCCCACUGCUUCCCCUCAGCUGCAAUCACGUGUUCUUUCUGCUCUGCCUCACGUGUAAUUCUAGAUCUGGCGUCCAUAUUGUUUGUUAUCAUUUCACUCUAAACAACUUUCCCGUGAGCCUUUUUGUCCCUCGCACAGAUGCUGCUUCUGACUGAAACAUUGCUGCCCUUUCCCACCAUGCCUUGCGCGCUGUGUGAUUAAACACUUGAGAAGAAGAGAUGGAGUCACAGGAGAAGAUGGAGUCACAGGAGACGAUGGAGUUGGAGCAGGUGGUGGUGAAGGAGCUGGGCAUUUCCAUGGAUGAUCUGCGUGAGCUGAUAGAUAAAGAGCUGGAAAAGAUGGAAGUUGUGAAACAGAAGAAAGCUCAGCUAUUGGAACUAGAGCAACUGGUGAAGCAGAAAGAGGCAGAAGUGGAGCAUGUGGACAAGCUUUUCGACAACGCUACAAAGGCCGUGGAUGAUUGUGAGGCGCUAGUGAAGAGUCUGUACGACCAGAUUGGCAUGACUUACAAAGAGAGCAGCUCUGAAGAUGAAGGAGCUUCAAAACCAGUGGAGGUUAUUGAGAUCCCUGAUGAAGAUGACGAUGAUGACGUUAUGAGCGUGGGAUCAGGUGAAGCCGUGAGUAAGAUUCCAAAAGAGAAGCAUUUGUUACGAGAAGCAAUGGCUGCUAUGAAGAGAUCAAGACAAGAUGUGCAGAGCAUUGUAGAAGCAAUACAAAAGAAGUCAGAUGGACCUCAGACAAAAUUUUCUUCUCAUCCCUCCUCAACAACAAGCUCUGUGGGUGGCUCCAAUCAGGCCGGUGCCUCAAAUGACAUGAGCAAAGAUGGAGACCUUGUCGUGGGGAUGCGUAUUCUGGGCAAGAAGAGAACCAAGACUUGGCACAAAGGAACUCUGAUCUCUAUACAGUGUGUGGGCCCUGGAAAAAAGUACAAGGUCAAGUUCGACAACAAAGGGAAAAGCUUGUUGUCUGGUAACCACAUUGCUUAUGACUACCACCCGCCACCUGAAAAUCUGACUGUUGGUAGCAGAGUGGUAGCCAAGUAUAAAGAUGGAAACCAGGUGUGGCUCUAUGCUGGGAUUGUCGCUGAGCCCCCAAGUAACAAGAAUAAAAUGAGAUAUCUGAUCUUUUUCGAUGAUGGCUAUGCAUCCUAUGUUACCCACCCAGAACUGUAUCCUGUCUGCAGGCCAUUGAUCAACUCAUGGGAGGACAUCGAGGACGUAUCCUGUCGGGAUUUUAUUCAGGAAUACGUGAAUGCUUACCCCAAUAGACCAAUGGUUCUUUUGAAGAGUAGCCAACUGAUUAAAACAGAGUGGGAAGGAACAUGGUGGAAAUCCAAGGUGGAAGAAGUAGAUGGGAGUCUGGUGAAAAUACUUUUCCUGGAUGACAAGCGUUGUGAAUGGAUCUACCGUGGUUCUACACGCCUGGAGCCCAUGUUCAGCAUGAAGACAUCCACGGCCUCAACACAAGAGAAGAAGCAAGCUGGGCAACAAAGGACGCGUCCUAAUGUGGGUGCCAUACGGAGCAAGGGUCCUGUAGUGCAGUACACGCAUGACCUGACUGGGAAUGAGCCUGAACACAAACCUGCAGCACCCCCAUCUCCUCAUUCAAUCCCAUCACCCCAGCUUAUUGACACAGACUCUGACAGUCAGCAGGCCCAGUCCAAGAAGCAAGUGGCCAAGAAAAGCACUUCAUUCCGUCCCGGGUCAGCGGGAUCCGGACAGUCUUCCCCAAUUCCCACCGAGUCAGUGCCGCCACCUCCUGCUGCUCCGCGUCCUUUCCAGCCCACCCAAUCUAACCAAUCCAACCAGUCUGCACAACCUGUCCAGUCUAUUCAGCCCAUCCACAAUAUACAGACCAUUCAAACUAUUCAAGGCAUUCAAACUAUCCAAUCAAUCCAGCCAAUUCAAACCAUACAAACUCUCCAGCCUAUCCAAACCAUUCAACCUCUCCAGACAAUCCAGACUCUCCAAGGAAACAGGAUUGUGACUUCUAUUCAACAAUUCCAUAUAAUACAUACAGAAAAUAUUCCAGCAGAGACCACCUACAAGGCCCCCAAAGAGAAGCUUUUCUACCUCCCUCACGUCUGCAACUACACUUGCCUCUCCCGUAUUCGCCCGAUCUCUCACAGAAGCAAGAACCCCCUAAUAGUGCCACUGCUUUAUGACUUCCGUCGCAUGACUGCCCGACGGCGGGUCAACCGCAAAAUGGGUUUCCACGUCCUCUACAAGACGCCCUGUGGCCUGAGCUUGCGUACAAUGCCGGAGAUCGAACGUUACCUUUUUGAGACCGAGUGCAAAAUGCUCUUCCUGGAAAUGUUUUGUCUGGACCCCUAUGUCUUGGUGGAUCGGAAAUUUCAGCCUCAAAAACCCUAUUACUACAUCCCCGAUAUCACAUAUGGCAAGGAAGAUGUUCCACUUUCUUGCGUCAAUGAAAUAGACAGGACACCGCCACCUCAAGUGGCCUACAGCAAGGAGCGCAUCCCUGGGAAAGGAGUCUUCAUCAACACCGGUGCCGAUUAUCUUGUGGGAUGUGACUGCACAGAUGGCUGUCGAGACAAAUCCAAAUGUGCAUGUCACCAGUUGACGAUUCAAGCCACAGGCUGCACUCCAGGGGCCCAGAUGAACUCAAUGGCUGGAUACCAGCACAAGCGCUUGGAAGAAUGUCUUCCCACUGGGGUGUACGAGUGCAACAAGAGAUGCAAGUGCAGUGCUAAUAUGUGCAACAACCGCCUUGUACAACAUGGGCUCCAGGUGCGCCUCCAACUCUUCAAAACCCAAAACAAGGGCUGGGGGAUCCGGUGUUUGGAUGAUAUAGCAAAAGGCUCCUUUGUCUGCAUCUAUGCAGGUAAGAUCCUCACAGAUGACUUUGCAGACAAAGAAGGUCUGGAGAUGGGUGACGAGUACUUUGCUAACUUGGACCACAUAGAAAGUGUUGAGAACUAUAAGGAAGGCUAUGAGAGCGACGCCAAGUCUUCCUCUGAUAGCAGCGGCGUCGACCUCAAAGAGGACAACGAGGAAAACAGCGGCAGCGAUGAUCAGGACGAGUCCAACGACAGUUCAGAUGACAAUUUUGGCAAGAACGAGGACAUCACAACCAGCUCAGUGUGGCGCAGUUAUGCCACCCGCAGAACAACAAGAGGCCAGAAGGAGAACGGAACGUCGGAGACUGCUUCCAAGGACUCUGCUCUGGCCCGACAAACCAGUCGGGAUGAGACCAAUGACUGCAAACUACCCGAGGAGACCUCCAAGAACAAAGUGGCUUCCUGGCUAAGUUCAAACACCAUGGCAGACUCUAUUAUGGACUCUGACAGUAGGUCUUCCCUAAAGAUGGGAGAUGCACCAGAAGCAGAUAAACCUAAGGAAUCGGAAGAGGCGAGCAAAUACCCAGGGCAUGGAGAAGGAAACCGGAUGUACGGCUACAAUCCCGCUCCAGCCAAAAAAGAUGGCGUGCGACGACCCGUUAGCAAAACCGCAUUGCACCAGAUCAGGCGGCAGUCGAGCUCAGCGCAACCUACCGAUGAAGUUCUGACCCUCUCCAGCAGCUCAGAGAGUGAGGUGGGAAGUGGGACCAACGGCAGCAAAAAACCUGCUGCUCAGGCCACAGCAAAUGACAGUGACGAUAUCCAGACAAUCUCAUCUGGAUCUGACGAGGAAGAGGAGAAGAAGCACGUAGCUACUAAUGCAGGACCUGUAAAAAGACAAGUGGCUGUAAAAUCCACCCGAGGCUUUGCCUUAAAAUCCACCCACGGGAUCACUGUGAAAACCAACAUGGCGUCGGGUGAGGGAGGAGUAGGACGCCGGACCACGCGACAGUUCUUCGAUGGGGAGGAGUCCUGUUACAUUAUUGAUGCAAAACUUGAAGGCAACUUGGGUCGAUACUUGAAUCAUAGCUGCAGCCCCAAUCUCUUUGUACAGAAUGUGUUUGUGGAUACACAUGAUCUGCGCUUCCCUUGGGUGGCCUUCUUCGCCAGCAAGAGGAUCCGCGCUGGUACUGAGCUCACGUGGGAUUAUAAUUAUGAGGUUGGCAGUGUAGAAGGCAAGAAACUCCUGUGCUGCUGCGGAUCCACAGAAUGUCGUGGGCGCCUCCUGUAAACUCACUGUAAAGAUGGCAGCUAAAGGUCAUGACACUUCACCCAUAGUUAUAAGCCUUUCCUUUUAACCUUACAUCUCUCAUCUUUUUUUUUUUUUUCUUCCCCCUGUUAAAUUAUCACAACCCCCUGUAAGUCAUCACACUGUCCCCAUAUGUAAUAAAGGGCACAAAGUUUGCCCAGGAGCAGUAACCCAUAGCAGCCAAUAAGAUGUUUGCUUUUAAACAGGUGACCAGUAAAUGCUACCUGCUGAUUGGUUGCUAUGGAUUAUUGCUCCUGGGCACACUUAGUGCCUUUUAUUACAUAAUAAUGCCCAGAACACUCCCCCUGUUUAUUUGUAGCUUUAGCUAGAUGUUUGAUAUUUUUUACCAUGUUUAAAUAAAAUGUAGUAAAAGGGUUUACGUCCCUUACUGUCUGGAAUGAAAGAAUUACAAGUGUUUGCUGCAGCCUGAAUAAAUGUAAAAUACACAUUGA